GACAGAGAGGAGGGGGUCAGCCUUCUUCCCCCAUCGUUCCCGUCCACUUCCCCUACCCGGAAAGGGUGACACCCUGCACUGGGUCAGUCCUGAGGCCGCUGCAGCCUCAGCUCCAGCCAGAGCCUAAGAGACUAGAAUCCCGACCGCGGCGAGCGAGUGUUCCUGAUUGUGACAUCAUACCCUCCUUUGGCCAUGAAACUUGUCACUAGGAAGGAAGACUCAGUUGGAGAAUAGCAACAGGAUGGAAUACUUGGAGCAUCUCCUGAGUGGCACUGAGUGGAGACAUCAGGGGGUUGGAACCUUGUAAACAGGGAACCUGCCCCCAACACUUGGAAGGACCUGGGUUUCAGUGAUGAGACAUGGGGUAUGAUGUGACCCGCUUUCAGGGGGAUGUUGAUGAAGACCUUAUCUGCCCUAUUUGCAGUGGAGUUUUGGAGGAGCCAGUACAGGCGCCUCACUGUGAGCAUGCUUUCUGCAACGCCUGCAUCACCCAGUGGUUCUCUCAGCAGCAGACGUGUCCAGUGGACCGUAGUGUUGUAACGGUUGCGCACCUGCGGCCAGUGCCUCGGAUCAUGCGGAACAUGUUGUCAAAGCUACAGAUUGCCUGUGACAACGCUGUGUUUGGCUGCAGUGCUGUUGUCCGGCUUGACAACCUCAUGUCUCACCUCAGUGACUGUGAGCACAACCCGAAGAGGCCUGUGACCUGUGAACAGGGCUGUGGCCUGGAGAUGCCCAAAGAUGAGCUGCCAAACCACAACUGCAUUAAGCACCUGCGCUCCGUGGUACAGCAGCAACAGUCACGCAUUGCAGAGCUGGAGAAGACAUCAGCAGAACACAAACACCAGCUGGCAGAGCAGAAGCGAGACAUCCAGCUGCUGAAGGCGUACAUGCGUGCAAUCCGCAGUGUCAACCCCAACCUUCAGAACCUGGAGGAGACGAUUGAAUACAACGAGAUCCUCGAGUGGGUGAACUCCCUGCAGCCUGCAAGAGUGACCCGCUGGGGAGGGAUGAUCUCGACCCCUGAUGCUGUGCUCCAGGCAGUAAUCAAGCGCUCCCUGGUGGAGAGUGGGUGCCCAGCCUCUAUUGUCAACGAGCUGAUUGAAAAUGCCCAUGAACGUAGCUGGCCCCAGGGUCUGGCCACACUAGAGACAAGACAGAUGAAUCGGCGCUACUAUGAGAACUACGUGGCCAAACGCAUCCCUGGCAAGCAGGCUGUUGUGGUGAUGGCCUGUGAGAACCAGCAUAUGGGUGAUGACAUGGUGCAGGAGCCUGGGCUUGUCAUGAUCUUUGCGCAUGGUGUGGAGGAGAUAUAAGAGAGCUCACCUGACUGUCAGGAAGAGGGGAAGUCGGAAAAAUCCAACACUUCAGCAGCUGAGCCCUGACUUCUCCACUGUCCUUACACCACGGCUUGCACUGGAGCCACACUUUCUCUUUUUUGGCACUGAAGGGCCUUGGAGCGUUUUGCUCAGCCUUUCGGGGUGGAAACCCAAAUUCCUGCCUUUUGCCAUAUUUCUUUCCCUAAAAUGUCUGUAAAUUCUCAGUCUGAGUGGGGAAGUCCCCACCUCUGUAUUUUCUUGCCUACAGUCCCUGAUUCCCAAUAUUUUCAGAAAGCACAAAGAAAUUUGUUUUCCCUAGAUUAGGGUGGAGUAAGGACUCUGAUUGGCCCUCUUUUCCAAACCCAGGGAAUCAGAGCAGGCAGACUUACUGACACUAAGCAGUGUUGAGAGGGCUGUUCUGGGAAGCAGACAUCUAGCAGAAAUGCUCAGGGUGUAACCAGAACCCUAGGAGUAACUAGUGAGGCCAGGAAUCAGUCAUCACUCAUAACCCUUAGGGGAACAUUGGACCUCGUUGCCAAGCAUAUCCAUGUUCAGCCCACUGUAAAGGUGCAGGCCCUGAUGGGUGUGCAGAUUGGAAUACUGAGAGUGUCCAGAUGAGUUCAUCUUUCCUACACUUUUUCAUAAUUAGGGAAGGAUGGGCUGAGGUUAAACCAUUGGGAGUCAUGUGCACAGCAAGAAGUUGCUGUCUGGCGCUGCUGAAUGGGAUGGGCAUUGCCUCUUGUGGCCUGUCCAGUACUUCCAUGGGCCCCUCCAGCCCUGUGAUGGUAGGUAAUUUGAUCAUUUUCUUUGGCCGUCACUUGUUUAUAUUUCACAAGUCCCAUCUUUUUCCUUUUUUUUUUUUUUUUUUAGAAUGGCCUGGUUAUGGCUACCUUCCUCUAGCCCAGACAACUGUUGGCAAUUUAAUUUAUUUACUUUUUUUUAAGAAAGGAAAAAAGAAAAAAAAAAUCAACAAAACUUAAAACUUUUCUUUUGUUGUUCUAUUGCGGGGAUUCUGGGUAUGGUGGGGCAGGAGUGGGAUCUGUUUUAUAUUUUUCCUUUCAACACAAACUGGUUUGAAUACGAAAAGCCUAAGGGGUAUUUGGCUGAUACCUGCUCUGACCCUCCCCUCCAUAACCUGACAGUCCAGCGUCGAUUCCUGUGCUCUCUGAAGAGAUCUACUCCCAGUUCUUUCAGGGUCUCAUUGUAAAACCCGGGACUUAGAGCAUUACUUUUGAAGGCAACUCUUCCCACGUUUUCUUGGAGGAAACUUCCUGUGUAUCUGAGUUGUAACCUUCAGAUAAAUGGGAUAGAAAUUAUGGCUGUACUCUGCCUUACCCAAGGCCACCUAAGGACUUCAGGUCCAUUUCAGGCUUCCUGGGCCAUUACCUGAUUCCCUAUGGUGACUGGAAGAGUAAGCAAAGAAGGGGUGUGAGUAGGCAGGCUUGUUUUAAAAGUACAGGUGGGAGUGAGAUUGGGGAGGUCAAAGGGCUCCCUUUACCAAGUAAAAGCUUCCCCUUUUGGAGUUUGAUUCCAGGCCAGCUUGUUGGCCUGAAUAGUUGAGUCAGGGUUCCAUGGAAAAGAGGGUGGAAUAUAGCUUGAGGAUGUGAGGAAAAGUCCGUGUUCCAGAUUCAGGGCAUUGUGCUCAGGAACUUGAAAAGCUGCUAUUCUUUGGUCGCUACAUUCUUCAUUCCUCUUUGCCCCUGCCUGCCUUACCAAGGCCUACACUGUCCUGUCCCCAUUCUACUGGAGCCAGGAAGCUCAGCUAAGGCUUCCCUACCCUUUGCACUAGUGUCUGCAGGUUGCUGGUUGUGUUAUAUGUGCUGUUCCAUAGUUAUGACCGCACAAUAAAUCUUUCAACUCUAAAUUCCUAAUUUACCAUCACUCCCCUUAUGAAGGUUUUCCUUGGCUUGGCCUUUCUCUCACUUUAAUUGCCAUCUUCCUUGCUUGAUAACAUACCUUUAUCUUAGACUGAUCUCUGCUUUAGGGCAGCGUCUGGGAAUAGUGCACACGUCAUGUAUGGUUUGUCCUUUGUGCCCCCCUGCCUCCAGUGGGUCCAACUGUGUUCUUUCAGGGUGUGCCCUUACUCUGAAUUCUGUCUUCCCUAAGUGCUCCUGAAUGUGGGAGACACUACAGAAGAUAUGCAUGCACCACUUUUUGUCAGUAAGUACCCUUACUGUAGAAUUCCAUUGCAAGUAGGGAAGCUCUACCUCUUUGUUUCUCCUGACCAAGAAAAUAAAUGUGGGAAAGGGAACCUGAAAA